AUGUCCUGGCCACUUUCGUCUCAACCAGAUAAGAAGAAAGCACGCCUGGGUCCCGCAUCUACGACCGCCGUGUCUACGGCUUCCCCGUCAGCGACGCCCGCAUCUACGACGUCGAAGGUCUCGUUUCCCCCUGUACUAAAGGGAAAGAGCUACUGCAUCAAGAGAGCCUCGACUGGACAGGUCCAGCUAGCCGUAGUCAAGCUGAAAGUCGAAGCCAACGGGCACUCGUUCGUCACCUACGCUUUAGUCGACCCUGGUUCGGAGCUCAGCUUUAAUCUUCACCCCGGAGUGGUCGAUUGGCCAAAAGAAAAAUUGAAGUAUCCGCAUCUUGCCGACCUAGAUCUCAACCCAAUCGACUUCUCUAAAGUGACAAUAUUCCUGGGAUCCGACUAUCAAGAAGCAUUGGAAGAGUUAGAUGUACGAAAACCGGCUUUAGGCUCGCCAGGCCCAUGGGCCAUCAAAACUGUGUUCGGUUGGUGCGUCCGAGGCCCGCUCCUGCAGACAGCCGGCCACAACGCCCCGCCUUCCUUUAACCUCAUCCGGAACCAACAACCUCAACCCGAUCUAAAUGAUAUGGUCCACAAACUCUGGUCUAUCGAGUCGUUCGGUGUCCUUCCAGAUGUUAAGCUGCCAGUUAGCAAAGACAACGCCCGAGCACUAAAACUACUGGAAGAAAUGGUGCGCUUUAAGGACGGACGCUACGAAGCCCCGCUGUUAUGGGCCACGGAUCACCCGGACAUGCCGAAUAAUUAUGCAGUCGCACUGAGCCGAUUCCAAUCCAAUGACAGAAACCUAAAGAAAAAUCCCGCCAAGGCAAAGGCUUACGAGGCAACGAUAGAAGAUUAUAUCCAUCAAAAUCACGCGAGGAAAUUGACUGAAGAGGAACUCGAAGGCCCUAUCGGCCGUACAUGGUACAUUCCCCACCACGCAGUUUUCAACGUGAACAAACCCGGAAAAUGCCGGGUAGUCUUCGACAGCGCCACCUCCUUCCGUGGCAUUUCCUUAAACAAAUGCCUGUUGACUGGCCCUGAUUUGUUGACGCACCUCAUCGGGAUUCUUCUGAGACUCCGAGAGGAAAAAUUCGCCAUUUCCGGAGAUAUUAAAGGCAUGUUCCAUCAAGUUCGUGUACGACAAGAGGACUCAUCUGCACUACGCUUCUUAUGGAGAUCGCCAAACGCACAAGGGCCACCCGAUGUCUACGAGAUGCUGGUUCAAAUAUUUGGAGCCGCCUCCUCUCCCACCGUUUGCUCAUACGUCCUCCGAAGAGCUGCUGCAGACAACGAGAAGGACUUCCCGGGACUGGUAGAAAAGGUCGAAAACAAUUGCUACAUGGACAACUACAUGGACUCAUUCGACUCCGAAGAAGAAAUGAUUGAAACUCGAAGAAAAAUCCAGAAAGGAUUGGCAAACGGCGGUUUCCUAUGGACCCAAUGGAUGUCAACAUCGAGGACCGUGCUCAACACUAUCCCUAGUAAUCUGAGGUCCGAUCCUGAUUUAGACCUGAAUCUCGACGCCCUCCCCGCUGAAAAAACGUUAGGGAUAAUGUUGAACUGGCAAGAAGAUCAUUUCUUAUUUAAAGUAAAAAUCAAAUUGGGAUCGGAGACGUACAGGUCGAUUCUUAGCGACGUUUGCGGCCUCUACGACCCACUAGCCUUCUGGACUCCCAUCACUCUUCCGGCCAGGAUCAUUCUUCAAGACAUCUGUCGCAUGAAGCCCGAAUGGGACGAGAUCCUUCCCGAAGCGAUAAUCCAGCGAUGGGAAAAAUGGGUCGCCGAUUUGCAUCAUUUGGAAUCGGUCAACAUUGCGCGAUGCAUGCAACCAUUUUCCCCAACAUCCAUCCAGCUCCACACCUUCGUCGAUGCAAGCGAAGCUGGAUACGGAGCCGUGUCGUACCUGUUGCUGAAAUCCGAAGGGAACGUCACGACUUCGUUCGUCAUGUCAAAAUGUCGAGUAGCUCCGAUCCACCACCUCACCAUACCGAGGAUGGAAUUAUCCGCCGCUCUCCUCGGCACACGUUUGGCUCAAACGAUUAAAAGGGAACUACGACUGAAAAUAGACGCCGAAACGUAUUGGUCUGAUUCGUCUACGGUACUUCGUUGGAUCUACUCAACCCAUUGCCGUUACCACACUUGGGUAGCCAACCGAGUGGGCGAGAUUCUUACUCUGACGGAGGCCAAGCAAUGGCGACACGUACCGGGCGUCUUAAACCCGGCCGAUGACUGUAGCCGCGGCGUCGAAGCGGUUUCUCUGACGGAAGACAACCGCUGGUGGACCGGCCCAACCUUUCUCCGCCAACCUACAACCAGCUGGCCAGCCAUGCCGGAACAUUUCGAGCCGCCGGACAACGACCCCGAAAUCAACCAUUCAAAAUUUGUAGGAUCGACUUCGGUUCAAGAUUCUCAUCCUCUUCAUUUGCUGAUUCAAAAGAACUCAAACUUGUGUCGGUUGAAAAGGAUUAUCGCCUGGGUCCUCAGAUUUAUCCAUAAUCGUUCCGUUCCAGCCGAAAAAAGAAGAUUAAAACCUUACGCCCUGAUUCCUGAGCUGAGAGAAGCCGAAGUCAUCCUCGUUCGACUAGCCCAACGAGAAAGCUACAAAGGGGAGUUCCGAAAUCUAGAAAAGGGGAACGAGAUAAAGCCUGAUUCCCCUAUAAUCACUCUGACUCCAUUCUUCGACUCGAAGGCGAAACUCAUCCGCGUAGGUGGUCGUCUAGGCUACUGCAAUUUCCCGACGGAUAUCAAGCAUCCGAUACUGUUGCCCUCGGACCAUCACGUCACAAAGCUCAUCGUGCAACAAGCUCACUUACUCCUCCGUCACGCGACCGCUGAAAGAACGCUCGUUGCUGUACACAAAAAAUACUGGAUUCCCCGAGGCAGAACUUCCGUCAACAGCAUGAUAAGAAAAUGUUUUGACUGUAAAAGAUUCAGGGCGAAGCCGGACAUUCCUUUGAUGAGCCCUCUCCCAGUUCACCGCCUUCAAGACGAUCGACCCGCCUUUUCUAACACCGGAAUUGAUUAUUUUGGGCCUAUUGUUACUAAUGUCGGGCGACGAAAGGAGAAACGAUGGGGAAUCAUUUUCACCUGUCUGGUAUCUCGAGCAGUGCAUUUUGAAAUGGCUUAUUUCCUGGACACGUCAUCAUUCCUCCUGGCCUUUUGGAGAUUUGCACGUCGAAGGAUUCGGCCCGAUGUAGUAUACUCGGAUAAUGGAACCAAUCUGACAGCCGGCGAAAAGGAACUUAAGGCCGGUCUUGAACGCCUGAAUCAAACCAUCAUUGCAGAGGAACUCGGCGCCCAGAACAUCGAGUGGACGUUUUCCCCCCCCUUCCGCCCCACACUUCGGCGGGGCAUGGGAAAGCCUCAUCAAGACGGCCAAAGAUGCUCUGUGCUUCAUCCUUCAGGACCAUUCCUUCCCGGACGAAGUUCUCAUCUCAUCUUUAGUCGAAGUGGAGUCCAUUAUGAACGACCGUCCCAUAGGCAGAUGCUCCACGGACCCAAAUGA